GCGUGACGGUGGGAGGCUGGCGGCGCCGGCAAACCCCCUGCGCGCUGGGUGCCGGCCAGCCCCAUGGCGGCGGUGGCAGCAGCGGGUCGGGGGCGCCGCGGCGGCUCCGCGCUCCUGCGGGGGGCGCUGAGGUUGGCGGCCGCCCCCCCCCGCUUCCGCGCGUGCAGCACCGGGGCCCCGGCGCGCGCGCCCUCCGCCGCGGCUCAGGAAGUGCAAAGCUCAGGAAGAGGACGCUUUCUCCUGGAACAUGCUGCACCCUUCUCUGCUUUUUUGACGGACAGCUUUGGGCGUCAGCACAACUACUUGCGAAUUUCUUUGACUGAGAAAUGCAACCUCAGGUGUCAGUAUUGCAUGCCAGAGGAGGGUGUUCAGCUGACCCCUAAAUCAGAGCUACUCACUGCUCAGGAGAUCAUCAGUUUAGCCAGACUGUUUGUAAAAGAAGGUGUAGAGAAGAUUCGACUGACAGGAGGAGAACCACUAAUCCGACCCGAUGUGGUUGAUAUUGUGGGUCAACUGCACAAGCUAGAAGGGCUGAAAACCAUUGCUGUAACAACCAACGGGAUCAAUUUAGCCAGAUUGCUGCCCCGACUGAAGGAGGCAGGACUGAAUGCUAUUAACAUCAGCCUAGAUACUUUGGUCCCGGCCAAAUUUGAGUUCAUUGUCCGAAGGAAAGGUUUUCACAAGGUAAUGGAAGGAAUUCACAAAGCCACUGAACUUGGCUACCGUCCUGUUAAGGUAAACUGUGUGGUGAUGCGAGGUUUCAAUGAAGAUGAACUGCUGGCUUUUGUGGAUUUCACAAAAGAUCUGCCCCUUGAUGUGCGGUUCAUAGAAUACAUGCCCUUUGAUGGCAAUAAAUGGAAUUUCAAGAAGAUGGUGAGCUACAAAGAAAUGCUUGAUACCAUUAAACAGCAAUGGCCUGAAUUGGAGAAAUUGCCCUGUGAAACUUCCAGUACAGCCAAGAGUUACAAGGUGCCGCAUUUCCAGGGACAAAUCAGCUUUAUCACCUCCAUGUCUGAGCACUUCUGCGGAUCCUGCAAUCGGCUGAGGAUAACAGCAGACGGGAACCUAAAGGUGUGCCUUUUUGGGAAUUCAGAAGUGUCCUUGAGAGAUCACCUACGCUCAGGUGCAUCAGAGGAAGAGUUGGUUCAAAUCAUUGGAGCAGCAGUGGGCAGGAAAAAGAAACAGCAUGCUGGCAUGUUUAACAUUUCCCAGAUGAAAAAUCGGCCAAUGAUCCUGAUUGAACCUGUAUUGAUGUCGUGCCCACUCUGCCAAGAUGCCCUACAGAAUCCCCCAAAUUCGAAACUGUGGGGCCACACACUUAGCCAUUGGCUGACUUUGAAAGCAAGUUUACCCAGGAAAAUGGGAAAAGCAUUAAUGAAAAAUAAGCUUACAGGACAGCUUUUCCUGCCAGGAUCUGACCCAAAGCAACAGUGGCACAUGAUGACUGGAAUUCUGCAAACUCAGCUCAGAGGCUGCUGUGUCUUCCAGAAGGACCCAACCUCCACAUUUGACACAAAGUGCCUUGAGGCUUCUCCUGUUAGCCAAGUUUCUGUGGACUGUCAGUCCAAAGAGGCAAGUUCAGGAUCUGAAUUCUGUACCAAGGGUUCAGGAUCUUGCACCGAGGUAUCUCGUUCCUCUGACAACUUGACUCACACUGAUGAGGAAGGACGGGCCACAAUGGUAGAUGUUGGAGGGAAACCAGAUUCAAGAAGAAGCGCUGUUGCUGCUGCUGUGGUCCGCUUGGGUAAGAAGGCAUUUGGGAUGGUGAGGCAGAACCAGGUGAAAAAAGGGGAUGUGCUGGCAGUAGCCCAAAUUGCAGGAAUUCAAGGAGCCAAGCUGACUAGCCAGUUGAUCCCCUUGUGUCACAACAUCCCCCUCAACCAUGUUGAAGUGUCUCUGAGCCUGGAUGAGGCCAGAUACGCAGUGGUGAUUCACAGCUCCUGUCAGACCUGGGGAAGGACAGGUGUGGAGAUGGAAGCCCUGACAGCUGCUAGCCUGGCUGCCCUGACUGUGUAUGACAUGUGCAAAGCAGUUACUCAUGACAUUGUCAUUGAAGAGGUGAAGUUGCUUAGUAAGACAGGUGGGCAGAGGGGGGAUUUCUCAAGGUCUAAAUCAUAUCCAGACACCUACAGCCCUCCAGGCUACCACUGUUCUUGUUUAGCCUCUUAUGGAACUCCUUUUGCUCAGAUAGCAGUCUUGGAGACAUGAGCAAACGUACCCUUCAACAACGCUGCAACUCCAGUUCUGCCUUAGCCUGUCAGCUUACUGCUGGGUGUAUGGUGGAGCCACUUAUCCCUGUUGAUAACCAUGUGUGUUUUCUAGAGGAUGGGUGUCUCCACUCUGCUAAUACCUUCAUUUCAGUGGCCUCAGCAUGAGCUUGAGCAAAGUUUCCUAGUUAUACCACAGAAGUUUGGUUGGUUUAUUCUUCUCUUCCUGCUGUGAAACUUUCAUACCACUGUUAUCACACCAUGAACUGUGAGCUCUAGAAAUGAAGCAAGUGCUGAAAGUGAAGUUACUUGGCAACUAUUUUUAAGUCAAGGAUUAAGAUUUCAGAAUUGCAUCUGUCUCUCUGCCUGCCUCACCCUCUUAGUUGAAUUUAGAAGGUGACAGAAGAACAUUGCUCUAUAGUAAGGUUCACAGGCUGAGAUUGCAACUGGAACAGCCAGGGUCAGAGGGGCAGCCUCUGUCCCUUUGCAUUGCUACUGCUUCUUUUGCCUGCAAGUGGGAAUAUAUCCACAUACCUGUUUCAAAAGAUGGCAGCUGCCAAGUGCUCUGUAAAACAUGAUGUAGAAACAGAGGAUGGCUGGAUUUGAAAGAAUUAUUUUGCUGAUCUGAUUUCGGAAUGUUAGAAGCAUGUUCUAGCAUUUUGACCUUAGAACUUGAAUACAUUGAGGCCUUGUGUCUGCAUGCUUAAGGGCUUAAUUAUGCAAUGCACGGAAGUAGGCAUCUGUUCUGCCUGACUUUAGAAAUGGAUAACACACCAAACCCCGGAAGACUACUGGUUUUCAGUCCUUUAGUGCAACUCCUAGUAACCAGCAACCUGCAUAGUACUGACAGAUGAAACAAACUUUAAGACUAGUAGCCAUUUUGAAGAGUUAAGUAGUUACUGUUGCCUCAGCCAGUGUGUUUUGCAUGUUUCUCUAAUUUGUUUUCAUGAAGACUGCUGGCCUCAGAGCACUUCAGUGUCCCCAGAAAUGUACAGUAGCCACUGUCAUAUAGCAUUAAAUAGCUUUGAUAUUUGACUACCCUAGAUAAGAAAUUACUUGAUAUUAUUUUGUUACUAUUGGUGGAUCCUUUUGAAAUGUUAAUUUAAAUGCUGUAAACAGGGUAUUUUCAACUUUGGUUUACUUGUUUUCUAGUGCUUAUGGCUAAUGUGAAGUUGUAUGUGAUUCAGGGUGCUCCCUCUCCAUACGCACAGAGUUGAAGACAGCUCUAAUAAGGUCAAAGAAGCUACUGAAAAAGCAUCUUAAACUUCGCAAAUAUCUGCUUCUCAUGAAAUAAGGUUAAAUCACUGUGAGCAGCAGUGAAGCACACACCAUAAUGUGACGCACAUCCUGCUCACUUAAAGUAAGCACAGGUCUAACACGAGGAAGUAAGAGGUUUUACCACAAAUGUCUUUGCUUAUCCUUUGCAAAUCUCAUACACUACUUGCCACAGAAGGCACUAUUUCCACUGAAAGUGAAUUCAUUUAAUUCUUUAUUCGUUGUCACUGUGAGAUAAGAUACAUACAAUGACUGACAUAGCAGCUACAGCUGAAAGGGGAAGGAGGCUGGAAAGGUCAGUGCCCAAAUUCCAUAAACAUUUGUACACCUACGUUCAGUGUUAUAGUCUCAGUUCCAUUGUUAUCAUUGAUCUGUCUGGAAGUUAACAGUAGGGGCACUCCUGCACCUUCCCAGAAGUGUACCUUGUUCAGCUGUACUGACCACUAAUGCCAGCUGGCUCUGCAGAUAUGAGAGACCUUUUUCAGCUGUGGAGGUGCUGUACCAAUACUGCAAAUGUUUCCCUAGCUCAGUGUGGAAACAAAUAGCCAGGAAAAAGAAGCCUAUGUGUAACCUGCUAAGUACUUGACCCCCUGCACCAUGUGCAACACAUCCUGCCCUCCCUGCCUUUACCCUGUCUCUAAAUAUUUUAAAACUAGAAGGAAACUAGGUAUACGCAGUAGUAAUAAAAUGAUGCUUUGGAGCAUAUGAUUUUUUGGCUUCUGAGAAGUUUGUUGUGCCGUAAAGCUCACACAAAGAACUCAAGACCCUACAAAGGACUAGAGAGCACAUACAUGAAUGCAAUGCACAUCUUACUACUUUUUUACGCACAUUUCACUACUUCUUGGGUUGAGUGUGUCCGGAAGUGUUGAGCAAGCAGAUUUUGAUGCCAUUUUUUGCUCAUGUUACAUUAUCAAGUCCUGAAACUAUGCACAUUUAUAGUUAAUGAACCAAGCAUGACUCAACAGAACAUUUUGCAAUAGAAUUGAGCUGAUAGCACUGUAUGUUUUAGUGGUGAUGGGUGGGCAAUGGUGUAACAUAUGUUGAUGAAAUGACUACUUUUUGAAGGCUUACCUUUUUUUUGUCCACUGCAUUUUUAAUAAAUACUACUUGUAAUUGA